CAUUGGUUGGAUCCAGUGAAGACUGUAUACAAACAACUAAAAGAACUUAUAGUUUCCACAAAGAAAAAUGAUAAAACUGCCACUGACAACCAGAGUGUCAAUCCCAUGGUGCUGUGCUUCCGUGUAAAAUUCUAUCCAGCAGAUCCCAUGUCAUUACAUGAAGAAAUAACAAGAUAUUUCUUAUUUCUUCAACUUCGCCGAGAUCUCCAUCAUGGCCGCUUACUGUGUCCCCCUUCUGAUGCCAACCUCUUGGCCGCCUACAUCAUACAGUCUGAACUGGGUGAUUAUGACAUACAAGACCACCCACCUGGUUAUGUCUCACAAUUCAAAAUGUUGCCGAAACAGACACCAAAAAUUGAAGAACAAAUUACUGAAAUACACAAAACUCUUGCAAAACAAGUUCCUUCUGAAGCUGAAAAUAAUUUCUUGAAGAAGGCAGCCACACUGGACACAUAUGGUGUUGAUCCACACCAAGUGAAGGAUCAGAAAGGGAAUCAACUUUACUUGGGCAUCACACAUCAAGGUAUCAUGACAUUCCAUGGAAACAGGCGUACACACUUGUUUGUAUGGACUCAAAUAAAGAGGAUUGUUUAUGAGGGGAAGAUGUUCAUUGUACAUGUCCACACAGCUGAGAAACAACAACCAAUUGGUUACAAAUGCCCAACUACCAGUGCCUGUAAGUACCUGUGGCGAUGUGCUGUUGAACAACAGUUUUUCUUUACGCUCUCUUCUUCAAUAAAUGCUCCAAAAGUACGAUCUGGAGGCAGCCUUCUUACUCGAGGCUCCAAGUUUCGUUUCAGUGGACGGUGUCAAACAGAAGCCAUUGCUGCAAGUGGUGGUAUCAGUCGCCCUGGGCCAUCUUUCACACGCUCAUCAUCAUUACCCAACUUUAGUCACAAAAAAGAUGGCAAAAGUUCACUGCGUAAUACCACUAUGCCUCGAGAUGCUGCUAUCAAAGAAGCAAAGGCAAGAUUUAAUGAGUUACCAGUUGAUGUACCUGGUCAAACCAAGACUGAAGCUAACAAGCUGAUUGUUACAGACAAAGAAACUGAGAAUGUGGUGGAAAAAGCCCCAAUUGCCUCAAGUGAAAGUUCUGAUGAAGUUUCUGUUUCUCGGGCUAUGCAAGGGGUUACAGCAGCUCCUCCAACUGAAGAGAAAGAGCUUGAAUCUCCAGGAUCUGCUCCCAACUCCUUGCAAAUUCCUGAGAGUGCUGACAGUUGCAUUAAAAAACUGUUCAAGCAUUUUUUAGUAAGCAUUUCUUUUCUUUUUUCCCGCUGUAUUUUCAAUUUUUCUUUGUCUUCUUUUUUCUUUGUCUUCUUUUUUCUUUGUCUUCUUUUUUCUUUGUCUUCUUUUUUCUUUGUCUUCUUUUUUCUUUGUCUUCUUUUUUCUUUUUUUUCUUUCUCCUUUUUCUUUUUUCUUCUUUUCUUUUUUAUUUUUCUUCUUUUCUUUUUUCUUCUUUCUUUUUUCUUUUUUCUUUUUUCUUCUUUCCUUUUUUUUUUUCUUUUUUCUUCUUUCCUUUUUUCUUUUUCUUCUUUCCUUUUUUCUUUUUCUCUUUUCCUUUUUUUCUUUUGUCUUUCUCCUUUUGUCUUCUUCCUCCUUUUUCCUUCUAUUUUCUUUUAA